ACAGACAACAGAAUGUUGGCCAAAAAGUAAAAUAUAAAUAAUGCUCGCAGUUUGUCUUCAGUUUGCUGGUUGACGACGAUACAGAAAGGCCACAAAACAAACUUUACUCGUUGCGUGAUCAUCGAUUGGAAUCAAACUGCAGUAUGGUUAUCUGUGAGAUACAGUUUAAUAACAAUCCCCAGGGUAUUUACUAUGCCGGGCAGGUGAUCUCCGGUCGGGUGCUGAUCAAAACGGAUAAGGUGAAGCAGGUAAAAGCGGUGGUGCUCCAAAUCAAAGGGUAUGCUGAAACACAUUGGGCAGAUCCCGAAUACGAUUCGGGGGAUCAAUCUAGUGGCUCGUCGUUCAACGGGCAUGUGGAUUAUCUAGCCACAAAGGCGUAUCUGCAUGGAACGAGCUCCAGCAUAGAAGUGAAAAUUGAACCUGGCACUGGAACAUACCGAUUUGCCUGCCAAAUACCCUUGACCUGUCCCUCAUCUUUCGAGGGCACUUAUGGUCGCGUGCGUUACGUUGUAAAUGUGACGUUUGUACGUCCCUGGAAGUUCGAUCAGCACUUCAAUCGAUGCUUUACUGUGCUCAAAGUGAUGGACUUGAAUACGGAGAGCCUGAUGUUGCGUGUGCCCACUCAAGUCGAGUCCCAGAGGACCUACUGCUGUUUUCCCUGCACCUCGAAGCCACUGAGUCUGCGCCUCUCCCUGCCCCAAGGUGGCUUUGUGCCAGGACAAACCAUGCCCAUGGGUGUGCUUGUCGCCAAUGACAGUCACAUACAGGUGGAGGAGAUCACCGUUCGACUGGCCAUGGUGGUGAUCUACUACAGUCGGCCCCCGUGUCCGGACACCAACAAGGAUCGCUUUGUGGUGGCCGAGAGGACGGGCGAGGGUGUCUCCAAGAAUAGUCGAAAACAAUUUACGUUUGAUCUGCAAGUGCCAGCCACACCGCCGACCUGCUUCAACCUGUGCAGCAUCAUUCAGAUCGGCUAUCAGGUGGAGGCUGAGGUCAAGGUCAAGGGCUGUCAUUCGGGGCAGAGUGUGCAUAUGCCGGUGACUAUAGGCAGCGUACCGCUGACCAAGCAGCUGCAGAAGCAGCCCAGGACCUGGGAGGGAGAUCCAUUGCCACCAGAAGUGGAUGCCAAGGCUUUGAUUUUGUUAGAGGAAGAGGCAGUCGAUGCGGCAGCUUGUCCACCCAGUCCCUGGGCAGCUGAUCCUUCCAUAACCCCACCGAAUUUCUACGAGGCCAAACAUAUACGUUUGGAGCGGGAAAGCUCCUCCAGGUCGAAGAAAAAAUCGCAGAAGAAGGACCAAACGGCAGAAAUUGUGUACACGCCUUUGUAUGCCGUCUUUGAGCUGUCCACAGAAAUGGAAAAUGCAAUUGAGAGACCAAAAGGCUAUCAGACUGAAGGCGGUUUUGUCAACGAGGAUAUCGAUAGGAGCACUUGGCUGUAAUAAAUUAUUGAAAUCUAUCCAAUAAAGAAAUUCAA